GCACCGGAAAACACGGAAGUGUAUGUUUAUGAUUUCUAAUCUUCAACUCUUCAGUUUUCAACUAAUUAAAUUUGUAAUUACACAUUACAAUAAUAAAUAGUACUAGGCUUUGCCUACUUCAAAUUUGGCAAAGAUGACAACCUCAGUUUUAAGAAUUAAACGAAGAAUAGAUGAAGAUCCAGCAGAGGCGCUCAUUGUAUCAUGUAAAAGGAAACGGCAUACGGCGACGCCAGAUAUAGAAAGCAUUUUUUCCUUUGCUGGUACAAUUAACUCGAAGGUGAUAUAUAAAAAUUAAAUUAUAUAUAAAUAUAUAUAUAUACAAUAGUCUAAAUAGAAUUUAAUAGAUCAUAAGAUGAUUUUAAAUAAAUUAAACUACACUUAAACAAAGAUUUGAUAUAGAGAGAAGAACCAUUACUAAGAAAAGCUGUAUCAUGCAUAUGCUUAGUUAAUUAUAAAAGUGUUGGACUGGAUAAAACUUUAAAUAUAGAUUAUACAAAAUUAUAUGUUUCGUCACAUGCCUUCAUCAGUACAACAAAUAGACAAUUAAAUAAAUAUAAAUUAAGUUUACAUAGAGGUGUUCUCUGAACCGGUCUCCAAGGCGAGGACCUGUCUCUCCUAAGUAUACUUUACAGCACUUUUUGCAAAUGAUGGUAUAAAUCACGUUGCGACUUGUGCGGGUAAAGCCAUCUUUUAUUCUGAAUAUUCAGAGAAAACCUCUAUAACAUAAGUACAAGUAAACAAGCUCUCUGUCCGGUCUCCAAACAUUUCAAUAGCCCUAACCAUGAUGGAAUCUCAGACAUCGCAGUUACUUGUAUACUGUAUACUAGUAACACAACAGGUAGGAUCUAUAUGGAGAAUAAAUUAAUAACACGAUUUGGUACGUUGUCUCCAUAUGGAAUAAACCAAAUCCACAAUUUUACCUAGCUGCCAUGUCUUUUUCCUGUUUGGUUUUUACAAUUUUGUUCAAAUCACUUCCUUUCCACUUUUCUUUACUUUGUUUCUGUCUGUUUUUUUCGCCCACUCCUAUUUUUUCUCCCCUUUUUUAGGUAGGAUAUCUGUAUAUAUAUAUUAAUAUUAUCGUAAACUAAAUUUUUUCUUAUUUAAUUGUCUUUUUGUUGUACUGAUGAAGGCAUGUGCCGAAACAUAUACUUUUGUAUUUUGUAAAAUUAUUAUUAAAGCUUACCUUAUAUUGUUAUAUUGACACAAAUUGCUGGUGUCUAAUUAAUCUACAAUAUACUUCUAAAAACUUAAUUGAAAUUAAAUUGCAGUUGGUUGGGCAUAAAUUAUCAUAUGAUUCAUGACACAUUUACUUUCUGUUGGUUUGGAGUUCUGUAUAAAAUUGUACUGAAUAUAAAUGACGGUCAACUUAUUUUAGACUGUACAGUUACAGGUCCCCCAAGUUUCUGUCGAUGAAUGAAUUGCCCUUUGUUUAGUCACGAAUUGUUACUAAAAUUAACUAUUUUCUUUUCUUUUUUUUUUUUAUAAUAAUAGCUGAUGGUUUUGUUUUGAUUGAUGACUUUUAGAAAUUAAUAUUUUAUAUGUGGCUAAUUAUAAUAGUUCAAAAUGAGACUAUUUUAACAUAAUAUUUAAAAAACAAGGCUGUUUGCUGUUGUCAUGUGAAAAAAGGAUUUUGAAGUUUCUGACUCAAUUUGGAUUUUAUUUUCGAUGGAACCUGUAAUAAAAAAUUAUGACUGUUUAGAGUCACAGAUUAUAGGACAAAUAUAUAAGGAACAACUCAAACAUUAAAAAUGUAAUAACAUUUGUUGUCGUUCAUUAGAGCUUUGAAUCAGGUCACCAAAAUCAUUCCUUAUGAAAUAUUUUCCAAAGUACCUUUCUUUUCUAUAUAAUUUACAUGCAGAGCUUUUCUGUUUCAAAUAAAUAUUAAUAGUUUAAUUCUUGCUAUUUUAUUAUCAAUAGCAUUAUUAAAAUUUUGAUCCAAGUUUGUCAGCUGGGCUACAUUGACUUAAGCCACUGGUUGAUUUGAAUUUGAUGUCUUCUUUCAUUCGCAGAAUGAUCCUGUAUCAAGGCAUAUUAAAGAAGCUAUCAAACAAAAAAAUCUACUUUCACACAAGUCUCAUUUCAAGCACCCCAUACGAAAAUCUGAGCUCACAACAGAGCUACGCAAGGAAAAGGAGCAAACCUCUCGUGCCAACAGAUUACGCAUCACAUGCAGCAGAAGGACACUGGAUUUAGAUUUAUUAGAUGAUGAAAAUGAAAUAAAUAAAAUAGCUUCUUUUCCCAAAGACCAAGAGGCAGUCAGAAGUUUUAAAAAGAGAAAACACGAGCAGGCUGAAUCCAAACCAUCUUGCCAGGCUGUUGAAGAAAACAAAGAAAAUAACACAAACAAAUGCAAUGCUUUAGAUUAUGCAAUCACAAGUAAUGAUUCAAAGGAUUCCUCACCAGUUGGAAUGCAUUUAUCAAAACACCAAAACACAUGUCUUGAAGAAAAUGACAGUCUAACUACAGAUUUAAGUAAUCCCAAUUCACAAGUCCAAGAAAAUGUGAUUUGCAUUUAUGAUGUUGAAAAUGAUGAGGAAGAUGAUACUUCAAAAGUUAUAAACCAAGUAAGAUUCAUAAUAAAUAUAUCAUUUCUUUAAAAUUUCUUUCUGAUUUAAAGCUACUUAAGAGAACUCAUUUUGAAUUGAGGUACCGUACAGCAUGACUGUCUUGUUACUGUUUUGAAAUUUAUUUUUAAAAAUUACAGUUACAGAUUUGAACUCACUUAAAUUAUUUACCUUUACACAGCAGCUUUCACCUUGUGGAAUUACUCUUAAUAAUGUACCAAUGGUCAGCAAGAGGGUAAUGUCACCUCCGAAGAAUGAGAGGGAAUUUGUUUAUGACCUGUACUAUGCACACAAUAACCUCAGUGACCUUGACAUGGAAGCUGUCCUAACAGUCACAGCUCUGUGUGAUGACUUUGUCAAUGAUGACAAUGAGAACAACCCUGAUCGGGAGUUGGUGCAUGAUGAAAGUGAUGACAGUAAUUCUGAAAGCAACUGGAGAAAUGAUUACCCUGAUGAAGAUCCCCAUUUCUUCGAGAAUGAAGAUGCAGAAUAUGGCUAUACCGAGGGUGAGAACGUGCGACACAUUAAACUAGCAAGUUUAUAUGUUUUAUUUGUUUAAAUUCCUGAGUUAAACAAAACACAUAGAUUUAAAACAUGGUAUAAUUAUUAUGAGAUAUCUUUAAAAAAAAUAAGACUGACAUUGGAGUCUGUGUGUUGUCAUGUGGCAUUAAAUAAGGCUAAUUUAAUACUUUCAAAAUCUGAGCAGACAUGGUGGAUACCAACUUCCUUAAUGAUGAUGAUGGGGACCUUUUAGCUUACUGGAUGAACACCAGAUGUAAAGUU